AUGAGUCGACCAAUCUUGAUUGCGAACGAUUACAACUCCGAUCCGCUUGCUUCGCCCAUUGAAUCGUUGGGUAGAAGUAUCGGUGCACAGCAAAUCGUCGACAGUGUUUGCGGAUCUCCAAUUGUAAGUUUAUUUGAGACAAGACUUUUGAAACCGGGGCCCGCUGCGUGGGCCGAGCUUGCUCUUUCUCAUAACUGUGAAAGUUCACGUGUUCAAUUCUUAAUUUCUCCUCUACAAGUUUUCAGUUUUAAAAAUGAAAAAGUUGCCAGACAAAAAAAGAAAGAAAAGAAUAGACUCCGUUGGGACGGGUGUGGUCCCGUCGCGUGGUACCGAAGGAAGUGUUACAUGAAACGGAGACGAUUUAUUUUUCGUGACUCAUUGUACCCAGUGAAGCAUUUCCCUCCGUUUCGUGGUUUCCUUCGCCCGCGUCCCAACUGGUUGGCUACCUGUUUAUUAUAUAAGAAUGAUGAUACUCAAACUAAGUAACCUCUUUUUAUUUCAGAGAUCCUUGCCAGCCCGGCAUGUUCCUGUCAAUCAAGUAUCCGAUAGACUUCCAGAUACACCAGAGUUCCAAGUGAAAUGUGCCUCACGAACUUUUCAAAUUCUUAUUUCUUGUAGUUUUCUUCCUUCAUGCACCAAGGCGGAAAAGUGAUCGGACAAAAUACUUCUUACAUGUUUGGCACUCCGCCGUCCUCUUGUACUUGCAAUGCUCAUAAUGCUCACUCUACCGUAAUGAACAGCAGCAGCAAUUUGAAUUUUUUGAGCACCAAUAACAACUACUUGAGUGGACAAUUGAGUGACAGUCUUCAGGCACUCCUUCAACAUUCACAGCAUGGUACACAAUGUUCGCUUCUUGUUUGUUAAACAUUUCUGACGUUAACAUUCCAGAUUCUCAUUACUAUGCCUCUCGAAACUUGCCCGAGGCUUUCGCUACCAAUCUAAAUUUUGUUCACCAAGUGCACUCGCCAAUAGCGCGUGUCCCGGUCCAACCUUCCUCCAGUGGAAUUUUCGCCAGCAAUUUCAGGUUGUUUUUGUUGCUGUUUUUUCAAUUAUUUAUCAUUACUUUUCAGAGACCCUCUGAAUUGCGAUGAUCUUCUCUCCAGAUAUCGUGCUAAUCCAGGAACGAUGAAGGGAUUGAAGCUUUCCGACAUUCGUGGAUUCUUGCUCAAGUUCGCAAAGGAUCAAGUCGGCUCAAGAUUCAUCCAACAGAAGCUCGAAUUCUGCGAUAAAAGCGAGAAGGACGCCAUAUUCGACGAAGUCAUUGACAAUGCCGCCGAGCUCGUUGAUGAUAUUUUUGGCAAUUACGUCGUGCAGAAGUUUUUCGAAUACGGAGAACCGCAGCAUUGGAGUCGCCUCGUCGACGCCAUAAUCGACAAAGUGCCGAUUUACGCCUUCCAGAUGUAUGCGUGUCGUGUGCUUCAAAAGGCUUUGGAGAAAGUCGAUGAGCCGCUUCAGAUAAAGAUCCUUGAUCAAAUCCGAGAAGUGAUUCCUCGUUGCAUGAAAGAUCAGAAUGGAAAUCACGUUAUCCAAAAGGCUAUCGAAAAAGUUAGCCCCGGAUACAUCCAAUUCAUCGUCGACACUCUUAUGGAGACGCCUACCACCAUCUUCGACAUGUCGGUUGAUCCUUACGGCUGCCGUGUUGUUCAGCGCUGUCUGGAGCACUGCAUCCCUCAACAAACUCGUCCGAUCAUCGAUCGCAUCCAUGAGCGUUUUGACGACGUCGCCAAUAACCAAUACGGUAAUUACGUGGUGCAGCAUGUCAUUCAACACGGUUCCGAUGGCGAUCGCAUGAUAAUCGUGGAGCGUGUUUGCGAUAGGCUUCUUGAGUUUGCUACUCACAAAUACUCGUCGAAUGUCAUCGAAAAGUGUUUGGAGCAAGGAGCCAUCUACCACAAAGGCAUGAUUGUCAGAGCAGCGUGUUUUUCGCAUGAUGGGUGAGUUAAUAGUUUUAUAAAACGAUAGAUUUCAUUUUAUUUCAGAUCUCUUCCAAUCGUCGUUCAAAUGAUGAAAGAUCAAUAUGCGAACUACGUCGUUCAGAAAAUGUUCGACCAAGUUACCCUAGAUCAACGUCGAGAGCUGAUUCUUGCCGUCAGACCGCACAUACCUGUGUUGAGACAAUACCCACAUGGAAAACACAUUCUCGGUGAGCCACUCAUAUUUUUCUGUUCACAUUAACACGUGUUUCAGCGAAACUCGACAAGUACUUCCAGAAGCAGGUUAUUAUGAACUACCAGUAUUCUGAACUGUCGGGUUGCCACUAG